AUAUUAAAAAUGUUUCAGCAUUUAUAAACUAUGAUUUUGCUCAAAUGCUCCAUAUCAACCCAUUUAUUUUGGACUGGCUCGGGAGCGCCCUCUAGUGUUUGAGAAACGCAGAAGACAUUUCAGAGUGGUAAUUCUCUCUACAUGUUCUCUGGUAACUACCCAGUCGUGGCGCAUGCCGGAAUACGGGUGGGAUAUGAAUAAUCUCCCAGUCUGAUUUCCCCUGCAGCCCAGGUGGGGGCGCCAGUUCUGCAGCUGUGGUUCUUCAAAGACAAUAAAGCGGAGAAAAAGAUCUCGUUACGAUCAGCGGGCCACACCUCCGUGUUGUAGGAGGAGAGAAACAGGAGCUGCUGUUGUAUUACGGCAACUGGUCUGUAGUCAUUCAGGCAUACAGACACAACAGACUGGGUCACAGACUAAUGGAAGAGGUCAGUGAGGAUGGGAGAAAGCUGUUCAGGACAGUGCUUGAGUGUUGCAGAAAGAGAUGACUUCUUGUUCCUAAGUAUUCACCUGCUUCUAGUGUCCGAUUUCCCACACACACAAUGUAACAAUGGCAUCUGCAGGAAGCUCAAGUACUCAAACAACAUCAUCCACUACACUUUAUGCCAACAGAUCAGGCAGACAAAUCCAGAAAAACACAUGCCAGAAGAGACUGUACGACUGUUCAGAGUGUGGGAAAAGUUUUACUAUCCCAAGUCAUCUACAAAUACAUCGGCGCAUUCACACUGGAGAGAAACCACAUCAGUGCUCGGAGUGCGGAAAGAGUUUUAAUCAGCAGAGUGGCCUCCGACUACACCAGCGUAUCCACACGGGAGAGAAGCCGUAUCACUGCUCAGAGUGUGGGAAGAGUUUUAAUCAACAGAGUAGCCUCCGACUACACCAGCGUAUCCACACAGGAGUGAAACCGUAUCCUUGCUCCGAUUGUGAGAAGAGUUUUGUUCAAAAGAUUCAUCUCCAAAGACACCAGCGCGUUCACACAGGAGAGAAACCAUAUCAUUGUUCAGAGUGUGGGAAUAGUUUUACGGCUCAAAAUAGUCUAAAAGUACACCAGCGUAUUCAUACAGGAGAGAAACCGUAUCACUGCUCAGAAUGUGGGAAGAGUUUUACUGCUCAAAAUAGUCUAAAAAUACACCAGCGCAUUCAUACAGGAGAAAAACCAUAUCGGUGCUCAGAAUGUGGAAAGAGUUUUAGAGAGAAUGGUACCCUCAAACUACACCAGCGCAUUCACACUGGACUGAAACCGUAUUCCUGCUCACAGUGUGGGAAGAGUUUUACUCGACUAGGUCCUCUCCAAGUACACCAGCGUGUUCACACAGGACUGAAACCAUAUUCUUGCCCACAGUGUGGUAAGAGUUUUACUCGACUAGGUCGUCUCAAAGUACAUCAGUGUGUUCGCACAGGAUUAAAACCAUAUUGCUGUUCAGAAUGCAGGAAGAGUUUCAGUGAGGAAGGUAAAUUUAGAAGACACCGGUGCAUUCACACAGGAGAGAAACCUCAUCACUGCUCAGAGUGUGAGCAGAUCUUCAGGCAUUCAAAAUCUUUAAAGAUACACAAGUGCACAAAGAGAAAGGGAACACAUUCUAAGGAACUAAGUACAUUCUAAAUAACAGAACAGGUUUCAUCAGGUUGCACUGAUAUAAAUUGCAUGCAGAUACUGAUGACCAAUAUUAUUCAUGUACAUGAAUAUUAGCCAGUGCCGAUAUGUGGUCAUAGAGAUCUGUCUUCCUUUGGUGAUUAGUUUGAACCACAAUCUGCCAAACCUAUUCCAGGUAGUUACGGGGGAGGGGAGCAGUUCUUAGAUGCAUCGCGAUGUGUACAUGAACGAUUCUGAAUCGAUUCACAAAUGUCAACAACCGAUUUUCUAAAUUUCUAAACGUAAUGUUGACAGAAUGUAAAAGGUGGAACUUGGACAUCAGUGGAAGUGCAGUGCCUGGACAGUCUGUGGCGGCACAUAACAAAAACACGCAUGGAUGAGCGAGAAAACUGCCUGGAUCUGCAUUAAAGCCAGGUUAGGUCAGGAGUCAACCCAAAUAUUAAGAAGAGCCAUUUUGUCCU